AUGUCGUACGAGGACAUGGAUGCGCUCGCCAUAGGGCCUGUUGACCCCUACCUAUCGGCAGGGGGGCCCAGCGGCGCGCCGCGCCCGCCGCCGCGUAGCGAGGCGAAGGAGCAGCGCCGCCGGAAGCGGCGGAUGCAGCUUGCCGCUGCGCUCGUCGAGGCGGACAACGACGAGAUCCAGCGCCGCGUCGCAUUCCUUGCGUCGAUGGAUCCCAAGGCCAAGGACCGCCCCACGCAGGUCUCGCUCGUGCCAAAGUACGCCAACCAAAGCGUCUUGUUUCACGAGGCCCUCGCUGGGUACACGCAGCAGACGCGGCCGGUGUACGUCCACACGCCCCAGUCGAUGCGCGAGCUUACCCGCUCGUACCUCGGCAUGGGCGCACAGUGGAUUGGCGACGACUCGCAGGAGAUGCACAUGAUCGACGAUAGCACUGCCCAGCGCGGCGACAUGGCGUCGGUUGAGAGCGUUGCCCAGAACCUCUUGCAGCUGCAGCUCUCGCCGAAGCAGUUUGGAUCGCCGUUUGUUGCAUGGCAGCCGCCAGAGCCGCAGCCGCCAGAGGAAGCGCCGCCCGAAGCGCCCGAGCUGGAGCGGCCCGCCUUGCGCUCCUCGUCGUCGAUGCCGUCGCUGACAGAGGCCGUCAAGGAGGAGCGGGACGAGGUGCCGGACGUGUCGAUGGACACGACGCAGACCAGCGCACAGGACCUGACGCGCAGCGCGCUCAUGCUCCAGCGCAUUCGCAAGUCGCGUGUCAUUUCCGAAUCCAAGAGCGUCGGCGAUGCGGACCUCAGCGAGGACAUGGACGAGCCGCCCGCCGAGCCAGCGGAAGCCAGCCAAGUCUCAGAAGAGCCAAGUGUGGACGCCGAGCCGGAGCAGCCGCCGCCGGUCGAGCCGACAUCCGACCUGCUCGGCUUCCGCGCGCGCGUUCUCAAGCCCAGGGCGGAGCGCCGCCGGUCGAGCCGGCGGCACUCGCUCGCGGUGUCUGGCUGGCCAGAAGAGUCGGCACUGGCCGAGUCUGCACCCGAGACGCCCGCGAUUGAGCAGAACCACCAGCAGGAGUCGCACUCGGACAUGACGACACGUCAGCUGCAGCGCCUCUUGCAGGGCAAAGGCGACGUGGACUCGCAGCACGGCACGUCGGAUGCGGGGCACAGUGCGAAUAGUGCGCCCCUCGAGAACCUCGCGCCGAUGCUUGCCCGCCGCGAAACGGCGCGUGCAAACGAUCUCACGUCUGCCAAGUGGACGAAGCGCAAGAGCGGACUUCGCGCACUCUUUCCCUUUGAGCGCCGCAAGCCCCCCAAGGCGCAUGCGAACGAGCCCACGGACAAGCCCAUGAUCCAGCUCGACACGGGCGACGAGAGCGUCGGUGCGCCGCAGUGGCGGGGCAUGAUUGAGGAGUCGCCCGUGAUGGAGCGCCCGCGCGGCAGCAGCGCCGUGCAGUUUGCGUCCACCGCACAGACCUACGGCGACGAGGACCUGAUUGGUGUGAGCCUCAAGACGCCGGUCGUCGACAACGACCGCCCGGACGAGGCAUGGGCCCAGCCCGAGGCGCCUGCCGCGCACGACGCAUCGUACGAACCUGCGCCUGUCGAGCCUGCCGGGCCGCGUUCCAAGGGCCUGACGUACAUUUGCAUUCCCGCACCGCUCGAGUACACGCCGCGCGAGUUUCCCGUGACGCCGUUCUUCGUGCCGCAUGGCGCGUUCUACGUCGACGAUCGCGGCGUCGUUCUACCCCGCAACAAGACGCAGGACGAGGCGCACUUUGAGCUCGACUUUGGCCCGGUGCAGGUACCGGAAGGCAUCGGGCGCCGCGUCCUGUACCCCACUACCGCGCUCUUUCGCAACGCGCUCGUCUCGCGCGACGACGACCACGAAGGCUGGGGCUUUGAGCGCUACACGAACGCGCUGGCCUACUUCAAGCCGUCUUUGUACGCAGACGACGACGACUCGGACGACGAGGUGCCACUGAUGGACGUGCGUAUUCAGACUAGGGAAGAGCACCUCGCACGGCGCCGCGUCCACCGCGAACGUGUCCGCCGGAAGCGUGCGCACCUCGAGCGCCGGCGCCUGCGUGAGCUGGCCAAGCGCCAAGGAAAGCGCGCGUCCGUCUUUGGUAUCGAGGAAGAGAGCAGCGAGUACGAAUCCGACUCGGCGUCCACCGACUGGUCGGGCUUCAGCAGCGACGAGACGGACCCCGAUGAGCCGUGGAAGGACGACCGCCGCCCUGCCGGAAAGCUGUACGGCAAGAGUCUCAUUGGCCUUGCCGGCGAGCAGGACGUGCAGCGCCAGAACAAGGUGCGCUUCUACGGCCAGGUCAACCCCGACCGGCACAGCGCGCCGCCGGAAGGACUGGGCGGGUUCUACAACGAUACGCGCGAGCGCAUGGCCAAGGUAUUUGGUCCUCAUCCCCGCUGGAUGAACGACAUUGCGCGCAGGGAGGAAAAAAGCCAGCAGGAGCAGUACGAUGCACUCAAGGUCGGCGGGACGCCGCUGCUCGACACGCAAGAGACCACGGAUUUGUUAAUGGAACCUGGCGUGCAAGAGGGCAUAAUUUACCCGUCCGUGCACGACGCAGAAGAGGCCGAGGCGCUCGCUGCGGAGGCGGCCGACGAUGCAGCCGUCGCCGCAUGGCAGGACUCGAGCGACGACGACCUCCCGAAAGAAAAGCCGCGCUUCGACAAGAGCCGCCCGCGCUGGGAGGCGAGGGAGGAAGACGAUAUCCCUCUGAACCGCCUGCGCCGCCGCUCGACUGCCGCCGACGCCAACUCGCUCGCGGGCGAGUCGGACGACGAGCAGCCGCUAGGCAACCGCCACCGCCAGGCGGCCAUCAUCGCCGAAAACCAGGCGCUGAUCAAGCAGCUGCUCGAGGAAAACCGGCAGGUGCGCAUGUCGCUCCAGAUGCUCACGUCGAUGCCGUACGCCGCGGGGAUGCCAUUCGCUCCGCCGUGGAUGCCGCCGGCACGCUCGUCAGGCGGAUUUGGGUCGAUGCUCCAUAUCGACGAGGACGUGCCGCUCCUCGACAUGGACAAUGUGCAGGAUAUCGGCAUGGUCGACCCUGCAAUGCUCCAUGGCCCCAUGCAUGGCAUGCCAGAGUCCUUUGAAAAAGGCGCGCCGGUCUACGAACAGCAGCCGGACGAGCACACAGGCGGGCUCGACGGGGCAGAGAUGCAGGCGCCCAGCCCCGCCACGCAGGCCAUUCCCACUUGGGACUCGACCAACGUCCAGCCCGAGGUCUUUGAGUGGCUCGCAGCGUCCGAGGCGGCACACCCCGACGCAGCUGUCCAGGGGCCGCGCUUUGAAGAGGUAGCCGAGGACCAUGCAGCGUCGCAGGAGGCUACCAAAGAGGCUCCGCACGACGCUCGAGAGGGCGCGCAAGCACCUGAGCCUGCACAGGGCGAGGCUGCUGGCCCUGGGCCGACAGAAGAGCACGACAGCCUCACUGAAGCCGAGCGCGAGUACGACACAGCGUACGCUGCCGCGGAGCAAGAGGCAGCUGAGGAGGCACAGGCAGAGGCUGAGCAGGCGCGGCAGGAGGCCGAGGCCGCAGCUGCACAGUAUGCCGCCGAGCAUGACUACGCAGACGACCCGGUAUACGCAUCGCACAAUGUCUGGGAUGGCGAGGGGUGGGACGCGACGCGGCAAGAGUCCUACAUGGACAAUGGGAUGCCGGGGUACGACGCGUACGAGCACGGCUACAACCCUGCGUAUGAGAAGUACAAUGGAUACGACCAGGGCGACGGAUACGCUCAUGGGUAUGCCCACGCUGAGGGCGCGUACGACGGCGAGUACGACACCAAUGCGUACAGUGCCUGGGACCAGGGGUACGGCCCCGAGCACUUUGGUCCUACGCAAGGCUACGGUCAAGAGCAGUACGACCCGACCCAAGCGUACGCGGAGCAUGAUCCAGCGCAGGGGUACGAUCAGGCGCACUAUGAUCAAGGCUAUGCGCACGAGCAUGCCUACGGUGGUGACGGACAUGUGCAUGAGCACGCUAAUGAUCAGGGAUAUGCCAACGAGCAUGCCUAUGAUGGCCAAGGGUACGCCCAGGGCCAAGGCUAUGACUACGAGCAUACCUAUGACCAUGGCUACACGCACCAGGACGCCUACGACCACGGCUACGCCCAGGACCGGAUGGACGAUCAGUACGCGCCCGACCAGCCCGAGGCCCACCACCCGUCGCACCAUGAAACAGCCGACCUCCUUGAACUAUACUCGGACGAGGCUCCAUAG